AUGGCAGCUGCCAUUGAGUCUGCAAGCUUUGAGGAGGAGCAGCUUCCUAAUGAGAGGGAAACUAUGACCUGGAAGCCCAGAAAAGGUAAGCCUAAAAUAUUGGGACAAAACAAAGCAGACAAAUGUUUGCUGAAGAAUAUUCCAAAUGUUCUUGAUAGCGAGUCUGAAGAAAGUGGAUUCUCUGAUAUCUCUCACAAUGAAAAUGAUGUCAGUGGCUCUCCUGUUGACUGUGUUCACGUACGUCCUGACCUGGAAGACAUGGGUGGUGAAGUCUCCAGUAUGCCUGAGGCUAUAACUUUUCCAGAGCUGCAGAAUGCUUCUGUGUACGAGGUGGAAGACUGGGAUAAAGAAUUGGAGGACUCUGAAUGUAAUCCUUAUGAUGCUGGCGAUUUCCACUGUGGAAGCUUUCAGGAAAAUAAUCUUUUGGCCUCAUACUCGUGGCGAGAAGAUUCGUUUUACAACCCAGGCUGUCACCAUGCAGCUUGCCUUGCUUUUACGCCACCCGUUAGAAUGACUGAGACUGGCCAGUUUGAUGACGCUGAUGAAUGA